AUGGGUGCCAAAAUCCUGAUUCCUCCUGAUCGAAGUAAAAAUACUAGUGUUGAUGAAACCAAAUACUUUAUAUAUGCAUCUUCAGAAAUGCGAGGUAAAUCAUUUAUUUAAGGAUAUAGGUUGGAAAGGAGACAUGGAAGACGUUCAUAUUCAUGUAUGUGACUUUGCACCGGAUGUCUCUCUCUUUGGUGUCUUUGAUGGCCAUGGAGGCAAAGAAGUUGCCAUUUUCGUAGAGAGACACUUUAUUGAAGAACUUUAAAAGAAUAAUAAUUUUAAAGAUCAAAAGUUUGAAGAUGCUCUUAGAGAGACUUUCUUAAAAAUGGAUGAGCUUUUGCUUACUCCAGAAGGUCAAAAUGAAAUUAAUGAAAUGAAAGAUAAUAAUGGAAGUAGUAAUAAAAAUUAAUAAUUAAAUUAGCUAUUUUUGCAGGGUGCACUGCCAAUGUUGCCCUAUUUUAUAAGAACACACUCUAUGUUGCUAAUGCAGGUGAUUCUAGAUCUGUAUUAUGCAGAGAAAACAAAAAUUAUGAUAUGAGUGUUGAUCAUAAACCUGAAAAUUAUGAAGAAAAAUUAAGAAUUGAAAAAGCUGGUGGUUAUGUAUCUGAUGGAAGAGUCAAUGGUAAUUUAUGUUUAAAUAUUCUUAGGUAAUCUAAAUCUAUCUCGUACUUUGGGAAAUUUAGAAUAUAAAAGUGACAGCAAAUUAAGAUCAAAUGAAUAAUUGAUCAUUGCACUACCAGAUAUUAAAAAGGUGGAAUUAACUCAGAAAGAUAAGUAUUAGUUACAACUAAUAUAGAUUCCUUUUGAUGGGAAGUGAUGGUAUUUUUGAGACUCUUGAUCAUUUUGAUUUACUCAAAUUUAUUAAUUAAAAACUAGAAGAUCAAAUAGUUACUCCAUAAUUUUUAGGAAAAGUAGCUGAAGAUUUGCUAGAUACUUUAAUUGCUCCAGAUCUUUCAGGUACUUAUAUUAGUAUAUUGUAGCCGGAACUGGAUGUGAUAAUAUGACAAUUUUAAUAAUUUAUUUUAAAUGA